AACGUUGAAGCAUCUUUGAUGCUUUAGUGAACUACAAAGGUGGUGAGCUCGUAAAAGCUUGAAAGCUACCUCUUGGAGAGCGCUGGUCUAUUGACAUCAGUUACAAAACCUAUACAUGUAUUAUUAAUAUGUAUGUGUUUAAAUGUAUACCUGUUAAUAGCUGGCAACUGUUAUCUUUGUAUGGGUGUCAUUUGAUUGAGAAUCAGAUGGUUCAGUAAGCAUACAAGUAUACAAAUGAAAAAUUAAGGGUUUAUAUGAUGAUGUUUGUACACAUUCAAGCUUUUACUUUGCUGUUUUCAUACUUCGCGCCUGUUUAUCUGACGUCACGUUGGAAAGAGCGACGGCGGGAACAAGAGAUAGUUCCGCUCACACUUCCGGUUUUGCUUGGUAGUUGUGACGUACUUCCGUUACAUGUCCACGACGAGCAAAGCGUCAAAACGCUACUCUUUCAGUGAAGCUUUUAAAAUAGUUUUAGUCGUGUGAAUGUAAUUUGUAUUGAAUGAAUGAACGGUUUCAAAAAUGCUAGCACAGCUGUUUAUUUUUGUAAAUGCGUGUAAAAUGUGCUAAUGAGUGAAAUUUGGCUUGAGGCCUAAAUUUUACCUAAUUACACACAUAAGGUAGCUGCAGUUUACACUAUCCAAAAUACUGUUUACUGCUGAUAAGUAUCCUAGCAAGGUAAGUUUGGUUUACCGGCCAUCUUUGAAGUACAGUACUGUCAGUCAGAGAACCGGCGGUGUCCCUUUAAAGCCAGUUAGCUAGCGAGGAGCAAGUAGUCCUCUUGACGCUUCCCCACUCUUCGGCCCAGUCAGCUGGUCUUAGAGAAGAAUCGUGUUUACGUUUCCUUCCUGGACCGACUCACUUGCCUCCCCUCCGAGUCACCUGCUCACAGGCGGGCUCAGUGGAGGCUGCAUCCGUCAGCCAGCAUCUUGGGGGCGGGCGUCCGCCUGUCACGAUUAGAGGGCUUGUUUCUGUCAGCACAUUGGACUUCUUAGACGGAGCUUAUCGAGCAUCCUCAGCCGGCAGACAUGAGUGGGAGGCUGGGAGACCUCAGCCCCAAACAGGCUGAUGCUCUGCACCAGUUCCGGGAGAGGAUUCAAGAUGUUCUUUCUCAACUUCCUGCCCAACAUGACCACUUCCUGCUGCGAUGGCUUAGAGCCAGAAACUUUAACGUGCAGAAGUCCGAGGCCAUGCUGCGAAAGCACUUGGACUUCAGGAAACAAAUGAAAGUGGACACAAUCAUCAGCGACUGGCGACCCCCCGAGGUCAUCGAGAAGUAUCUCUCUGGAGGAAUGUGUGGCUACGACCGCGAGGGCAGUCCCAUCUGGUAUGAUGUCAUCGGACCCGUGGACCCCAAAGGCCUCUUCCUCUCUGCCUCCAAGCAGGACUUCAUCAAGUCUAAGAUACGAGACUGUGAGAUGCUGCAGAGGGAGUGCACUGUCCAGUCGCAGAAGCUGGGGAAGAACGUGGAGUCCAUCACAAUGAUUUACGACGUUGAGGGUCUGGGCUUGAAGCACUUGUGGAAGCCUGCUAUUGAAACAUAUGGAGAGAUCCUCCAGAUGUUUGAAGACAACUACCCAGAAGGCCUGAAGAGGCUGUUUGUCAUUAAAGCGCCCAAACUCUUCCCAGUGGCCUACAACCUUGUCAAACACUUCCUUUGCGAGAACACGCGGCAGAAAAUCUGCAUCCUUGGCAGCGACUGGCAACAGGUGCUACUGAAAUACAUCGACGCGGAUGAGCUGCCCGUCAUCUAUGGUGGGAAACUGACGGAUCCCGAUGGAGACCCGCGCUGUCGGACCAGGAUAAACCACGUCGGCCCAGUUCCCACCUCCUACUAUGUUCGGGAUCAUGUCUCAGUGGAGUAUGAUCAGUGUUUGACUGUCAACCGAGGGUCAACCCGACAACUGGAUUACGAAAUCCUCUUCCCGGGAUGUGUCCUCAGGUGGCAGUUUUCCAGCGAGGGUGCAGACAUCGGUUUUGGGGUGUUUAUGAAGACAAAAAAGGGCGAAUGGCAGAAAGCGGCUCAGAUGGAUGAAGUGCUGCCCAGCCAGCGCUACAACGCUCACUUAGUGCCUGAGGACGGCUCGCUUACCUGCGAACGACCUGGCGUGUAUGUGCUGCGAUUCGACAACACUUACAGCAUCUUCCAGGCCAAGAGAAUCAGUUUCACUGUUGAGGUUCUGCUGCCGGACCGCUUGAAGCCCCAACAGGCCGAUUAAGUGUCAGGCAGUUAACAAAAAAACACAGAAAGAAUCAAGCGGCUGCUUGGGAUGUCAGAUGAAGCACAGCUUGAUAUGAAGUGGAAGCUAAAGCAUUAAAGGUAUUACUGGAACCCCAACGAACAUCUACUGUACAUGUGUUCUUGACA